AUGGCUGCUCUGGUCUUUAUUCUGCCGCUCCCGUCCCAGCCCAGCUUGGGCUGUCGCUCCUGUCCCUGCCCAGCUUGGGAGCCCAUCCAGCGGCCCAGCUCCGGACACGCAGCCACCGCAUGCUCUGGAACGCCUCACCCACACCACCGACCCGCACGCUCUGCCUCGCCUCUGCACCUGGCAACCUUCUCACCCAUAUCAAUGGUGAUUCUCUACGUAGACUCUUCAUUCCGGAUGUGCAAACCCCCGACACAAAACCCAAAAUCGUUGGAUGGACCAAGAAGUUGCUAUCUGAGGCUAUCAAGGCUGACAUCAAUCAUGAUGGGUCAUUUGGCAAGCUCAAGAGGCUCAUUGUGGCAAUGCAAAUUGAGUAGAUUAACAGAACUCAAGGUUAUGGGGAAAUCUGGGAUUUUUCCGGACCAACUUUCUCCAACUUCUGGUGGCUAG